CCGUGCGCACAGAACACCGCGGGCAGUCUCAACUUGACGAGAUGCGAUAAUUGCGAAAAUUCUUAACCUAAUAAAUAAUUCUUUCUUAAAAAAAACAGUACAAUCAUGUAAAAUCCAAUAGUCAGUGAAAAAUAAUUGAUUGAAGAGAAUUUAGCGUGUGGAUUUUGGUCUUAACCAUCAAAAACACUUCGAUUGGAUCUCUGAAACGGGAAUGGGAGUAUCAGAUACAUUGAAUUACGUUCUGUUUUCUAAUCCCGUCAGCUCGAAUGCCGGUUCGUUUGCGAAAACUGCUGCAUCAGCUAAAGACGUCGGUUCUCAUGGAUUUGUGAACACGCCUGCAGCGGGUACUUCAAACUCAAAUUCUAUAAUUGUAUGUUAAAACCUCCAAAUAAAAUGUCAAAUUGGUUAAUCUCAACAUGAUUAACUUGAGAUCAAUUAUAAUCAAAUUGAAUUGAAAAGUUGCACAAUGUUUUCCGCCGUUUUGGUUCUUAGAGAGGAAGCCGAUCAGGACGAAUGGUCAAUAAUAAUUACAGCCCCCAUUGACAAGAGGUAAAAACAACGAGUUUAUCCACCUGAAUGUGUGAUGGAAAUAAUAACAAUUCCUGGCUAGUAAUUUCAUAACAUAACAGUUCACCAUCCAGAUACGAACUUCUCAGUUGUAUUUUCUCCAUCGUAACGGAAAUAAAAGUUUUUCUGGGUACAACUUUUAUUCUUCUUGGCUAGAUUUUCUUCUAUCACGUAUGCAUGCUUCUUGGGAUGGUAUCCAACGAAUGUUUCCAAGGGCGAAGGAGUUCUUGAGUGGUGUUAAAGGGUCUGACGUUUCCAAACAAGACGCAGCAAUGAAUAAGCAAUCAAAAUCGGAUCUGUACCAAGGACUCUUCCCCAUUUACUAUUUGAGCAAAGGGUUUGGACUGCUGCCAGUACGAUUCAGUCGGCAAACGAAUGGGAGAUACAGCUCAAAAAUGCACAUGAUUGAUAUUUUUUACGGAGUUUGUCUCCUUUUGUUGUUCAUCUGCGCUGAGAUUUGGGGACUUUGGCGAGAUCUCAGAGAUGGAUGGGUGCACAGCACUCGGCUAAAACAUCAGGCGACUCUCAACGUCACCAUUGGGGAUGUCGUUGCUGUUGCACUUAUAGCUGCCGUUGGAGUACUCGGUGCACCCUUUCGUUGGAAAUAUAUUGAGGAGAUCAUGGGACGUCUCAUUGACGCCGAUGAAAAGAUUGGAUUCAUCAAUGCCAAAAAAACACGAAGAUUUGCAAUAAUAAUUUCGACAAGUGCUCUCUGUUACUUGAUUACAAUAUCUUCUCUCGAUAUUUACGUAUGGGAUGUGCAAACCAAACUGAAGAGAAAAAUGGCUGACAAAGGCCCAAUCAACUACUCUCCCAUAUACUUUCUUUGCAUGCAGGCGUUAGUGAUUGAAAUACAGUACACCGUUACUACGUAUAAUCUCAAUGAACGUUUCUUGAGGUUGAACAAAAAUUUGGAAAGUUUGUUAAAAACGGGAAGACAUUUUACCAAGAAAGAUAUGAGUUUCAGUAGUGAAUCUAAGGAUCGGACUGCAUUUACAGUGUGCACAAGGACAGAAGUUGAAGCACGACCUGCAAGAGUCUUCAGGACUCCAAAAGUGUCUGACUGGACAGUUGGUGAAGGAGAAAUUCGAGAAAUGACGGAUACAUUCUCUCAGCUGAUAACUGUACAUUCGUCGAUUUGCGACACUAACGUUCUACUGAACAAGGCAUUUGGUUUACCAAUUCUUGUGGUAACAAUCACCUGUCUCCUUCAUCUGAUUAUCACCCCCUACUUCUUAAUGAUAGAAGCAAACAGCGAUAAAGAGGCACUAUUCAUUGCCGUACAAUUGGGAUGGUGUGUAUUUCAUAUAUUCCGAAUGUUGAUAGUGGUUCAGCCUUGUUAUGCAACAACAACAGAAUCGAAGAGAACUGCUGUAUUAGUCAGUCAAUUGCUUACUUACAACUGGGAACCAGAUGUCAGGAAACAACUGGAACUUUUUUCGCUACAGCUUCUGCACAGACCUUUGGAUUUUACUGCUUGUGGACUUUUUUCACUAGACCGAGCUUUAGUUACUUCGAUGGCAGGUGCUGUCACAACGUAUCUGGUUAUCCUCAUUCAAUUUCAAAAGGCAGAUGAUACUAAAGAUGAAAAUAAUAAUAUAUUAAAGAAUGCAACACUUCUCCUUCAAAAUGUUUCAUCACUUCAUAAUUCGACGAGUCUCAAAACAGUAUCAUAAGAUAUUAUAUCAAUUAGUUUUAUUAUUGAAAAUAGGUAUAAGAUAUUUGAUGCUACCAGCGAGACCUUAAGGUGGAUGAUGGUAAUAAAAAAAUUUCGUCUGCUCUAAUUCUCUCCACUUAUAUUCCCAUCCCGAUACUUACUCAUCCUUCGAAGUCCUUAUUAGAUGUUCAUAAAUACCCGAAGAGGAUUCGUUCAAUAGGAAAUCGUGCAUCUUUGGUUCUAGAAUUUGUAUUAAUUCUAGUAAAUUUCCAACUCCAAAGUUCAAGACUAUGUUAGACCCAGUUCUCAUUUUUCGUAAAAUAUCGAGGUCACUAUAUGUUGAAAUAAUAUAAUGCCAUUACAGAAUCAGUCUGUAGUCUGCAUGAUUGCUGCUUCAAUGUCCGUUGGAUUAGAUUUCUGAUGCAUUCCAGGGAUGUUGUUUCAGAUCUCGGAUCCACCAACUGUUAAAGCGACCUUAUAUGUCUCCGUGCGAAAAUUAUAGACCACAAUGUUCAAAUAGAUCAAUGUUACUGAAACGAGAUUCUCU